AAAAAUAUUUGGACUCGAGCUCGAAUCUGAUCUCUGCCUCUGGCGUUUCGAAGGACGAUUUCACUGGCCGGUUUUGAUAUUUUUCUGCUGGCGAUAUGGCGGCGGCAAACGGGAUAUCGGAUGUCCCGGACUUCUUUUCGCCGUAUGCGGACCAGCUGCGCUCUUCAAUAGAAGCUCUUCGAAGGCACUUAUCUCAAGUCGAAAAUGACGAGAUCCAGUACAAGGCUCUCCAAGACACGCUGCAGACCUAUCCGAGAUCUUUGACGCGGACUGCAGUUGUGCGGGUUGGUCCUAGAGCUAUCGUGAGGGCUCAGGUGAAUCAUACAAACGAGAUCUACACGUCGAUAGGCGACGGCUACGUCGUUCAGCAGUCGGCGUUCAGUGCCGCGGAAAUGGCCGGGCGCAAACUGGAAUUUCUUCAGAAUGGAAAAAAGCAGAUCGAGACCCAGAUUGAGGAUCUCGAACGAAAGCUAUCUCAGAUAGAAGUGAUCAGCCAGCCCGACCAACUGGUGCUGGAUGAGGAGUCUGGUCUUCCGUUUAUGGAGAUUCGCGAAGAACUAGACGAAGACGGAAACGUGAUCGGUAUGUCUCGUUGUCUAAUGUUGCCGUGUUCUGAUGAUCUCAGAGCAAUCAUGGCUAACGUGCAACUAUUAUAGAAUCGAAUGUCACACCACAG